GCUAUCAAUUUGACUAAUUGCCGUCUGUUUUGUCUCAUCGAUUCUCAUGUUUUACUGCUUUGUAUUAUGAACUUUUACUUCCACACACAUAUAUAUAUACCCAUUUCCCUAUGUGUCCUCUCUGCACACCACUUCCCCAAAAAAGAAUAAAUUAGGAACAACCCUCUUCUUUUUCUCCCUCUCUCUGUUUUACAUAUGGCUCAGUUUCAUGGUAGCGCCACGGCUGGAAUUAAGCUUUUUGGCACUAUCAUUCCUUUGCAGACCAGAAAAGUCAAGGAUCAACCGGAGAAAGGCGGCGGCGGUGGUGAAGGUGAUCAAACAGAGAUGAAGAGGCCUGAAAAGAUUAUUCCUUGUCCAAGAUGUAAGAGCAUGGACACCAAAUUCUGUUACUUUAACAAUUACAAUGUUAAUCAGCCCAGACAUUUCUGUAAGGGUUGUCAAAGGUACUGGACUGCUGGUGGGGCGCUCCGGAAUGUCCCCAUCGGAGCUGGACGACGGAGAGCCAAGCCGCCGCCCAAUUGCCGGACGCUUUCCGGUGAGCUGCCUGAUGAUUAUGGGCAACUUUACGAUGCUGCUUCUGGGAUUAUUCAUCAGCUUGAAUUGGACGCGGUGGAGGGGUGGCAUCUUGCGGUGGCGGAACAGGAUUUUACCCAAGUUUUUCCUCUCAAACGCCAGAAGAUUAUCGGUCAAUACGGUCAAACGUCUUAACGUCUCCCUUUCUUUUUUUUUUUUUUUUUUUUUGAAUGCUUCGAUGAUUUUAUGUGGAAAUUAGAUAUACAGAUUUAGGUAUUUGACAUGUGAUUAUGUAAAUAUUUAUCUGUGGCUGAGGGUGAUGAUCCGAUGAUUCAUAUUGCCGGAUGGGCGGUGUGGGAUUGAAACCAAGAGGAUUAGUUUCAAAGUUUCAAGCUUUGUCAACUGAGCAACGCAAAUUAAUGAUAAGUUAAACAAUAUUGCUAUGUAA